AUGCCACGACGCAAAACACUCACCAAGAAGACCACUCCUGGCUUUACGCCGAAAUCACACAGCUUCGCAGCAUUGUCGGGCUCGAGCAACAAGCGUGGGCGUGAGGAUGGGAGGUGGUCAGCCAGCUGGCGUGGUCGUGAUGAUGAAGAGGAUGAAGCGCCCGGCGUCCAGGCGCUCACCGAUCUGAUUAGCAUUGCCGACUACCAGAACCCUCUUUCUGGUGAUGAAGACUCUGAUACCGAUGUGCCGAUUGAUGGAGACGAGGAAGACGAGGAAGACGAGGAACAGCAAGGCGAAGGUCUUGGACUUGGUGGAAGCGCAGGUGCUGGUGAUGGUGAGAGCGCAGGUGUGGGUGGCAGCGCAGAUGUCGGUGGACAACCCGAGUCGGCUGCUCAGUCGACAACCGCAACGCCAUUCUCCAUGGCUCCGCCAUCCCUCCCAACUGCUCGCAUCGAGGGAUUCGGCCAAGACACAUCUCAGGUUCUUGCCCACAAGCGAUACGCUGGAGAGCCUUUGACGAAGUUCGAGUUCGCAAUCGGUCUCUGGUGCAUGCUGCCGAUGAUGGACAUCCGUGAGAAGCUGGUUGGUCUGAACCCGCUAGUGCAGCCUUCGCUGUCCGCAACUGAGAAGCGUCUGGGCAAGGAUGCCGAGCGCAUGUACUUCCUCGACAUGCCAGGCUUCUGCAAGGCUUUCUUCUCGACCGACAACCUCGCCGACAAGAUGUUCACCGGCCUUGGAGAGCUGGUGGAUGAGCCAGAGCAGAUCUGGCAGGGCAAUGUAUGGCACGCGUGCAUCCGCGUUACGUCUGGAGAGUUCGCCUUUUAUGUCGCCGGCCCGCCCAAGCGUCCACAGACCGCGACAACAUCUGCACCUCUCGCAACUCCUUCCGCACCAGCUUCCUCUUCCGCACCAGCUUCUGCAGCUACGCCACGUUCUACUCGCGCCAGUGCAGUUGAACGGAAGAAGCUGAGCAAGGCACAAGAGAAGGCCCAGAAGCAGGCUGAAGCAGCGGCUGCGGCUACACAACAGAGGGCAAUCGACAAGGCUGCUGCUGAGGCUGCGGGCCAGAAGUUGGUGGACAGUCGAUGCAAUGAGCAUCGUGGAUACAUUGGUGGCUCCAUCUUCCCAUCCGAUGUCGUGCGCUUCCGCUGCAACGACUACCAAUGCGCGUGUCGUACAGCAGACGAUCUGAUGCAUCUUGAUCGGGUCUUGGCUGUUGCGCAUGAUCAGCGUACCGUUCGCGAGCACACUGGCGAGCGUGGUAAUGUGGUCGUUAAGAUUCAGCGACUGGUCGGAGGAACGAAUGUCCCAGCAGGACUGCAACCUGCAGCAGAGGGCAAUGAACUCUUCGUCCUCGAGGAUGAGCAACACAUCGUGCUUGUCGCUGAUGUUGCGGCUGCGGACGUUGCAGUCUACAUGCACUACACCUUCGACAGCGCGCAUGAUCCUCAGCCUCUACCACCUGGAUCAUCCGACUUCUUCGUUCGUCACAUUAUUGGGCGCAACGGAGAUGUCCGUCCCGUCUACAAGACCAACCCGAUUCGUGGAGAGCUCGAAAUCAUGCAUUUCGGCCGUCAACAGCUCGAAGACAAGUUCGUGGCGUGGCCAGCAAACGGCGGUCUGAACGCCAAUGGUUUGAGGGUUCGCUCGAUGCCGCUGAUGAUCUUCAUCGAUGGGUUCGGCAUCUUUCGCGAUCGAUACCGCAGUCUGACAGGCUGGUACUUGCUGUUCGCGGCCUUUACCAACAAGGAACGCAACCGCCGCGCAAACACCAUCCCUCUCACCCUCGCUCCGCAUGGCAGCAACGCAGCCGGCGUGAUCGACGCAAUCGGUCCCUCAAUGUCCAGCCUCGAUGCCGGCAUGGAGGUCAACGGCGAGAUGGUGUGCGCCAUGACGCUCUUCUUCAUCGGCAAUAUGCCUCAACAACAGGAAAACUCCGGCCAGCUAAAGCAGAAUGCUAAGUAUGGCUGUCGAAUGUGCGAGCACUCACGCGAUGAGUGGAAGGCGCUGAAUCUCGACAUGGUCAACCGCGGACGCUACCACCACGAGGCUAUGCGCAUCCGCCGCCACAUGGAGGCUCAGACGGUGAAGGAUCGCCGCAAGGCUAUCGCAGACGACAUGGGCAAGAGCAUGAGGACAGACUACAUGCCACUCGAACGCAUCGCACCGGCAUCGGAUGUAGUGAACAAGUGCCCAGCUGAUCCGACUCAUUCGGAGCUCAAUGGCGUUACCAAGCUGAUGCACAGCGUUCUGCUCGACGCCAUCCUCACCGAGCAAGCGAAGCGCCACCACCCCCGUCCAUACUUCCGCGGUGCGGUCGGACUUGCUGUGCCCGAGCUGGUGACCUUCCUCGAGACUGCUACGAACGUGCGUCCGCUGCCGGCCUCAUUCGUCGUCAUGGUUGCCUUUGCUCGCAUUGCAGAGUCUAACACGAUGCUCAUGUCUAAGCAUCUUUCGGCUGAAGAACGCCGCAACCUUUCGAGCACGGUGAUCACUGGGAGGCAGAUGUACCAGCGCAUCCUGGAGGUCGCGGCCACGGCGUCGGACAACAGCCCCGCGAGUCGUGCAGUGAGUCGCGCUGGCACUCCAGUUCGCGCUGGAACUCCCACUGGCGUGGCGAAGUCUCAAGGCAAAGGCAAGAAGCGGGCGAAGACCAGUGGUGUGCCUACGCCGAGCACCACCACGAGCGCGAGCACGGAGGCGAUGGACAUCGACGAGGACGCCCAGCAGACGGCCAGUGGUGAGGAGCCACAGAAGAUUCGUGCGGUGCAGUUUCGACACGACAUGGAGCGGCCCAACAUGCACACCGGCCUCUAUUAUCCAGACCGGAUAGACGAGUUCGCCCUGCCUAGCAACACCAACGUCUUAAUUGGCGAGGAACUGUCCAAGGAAAUGAUCCUCUACACCAACAAGAAGAAUCCAGAGCGCGAUCUUCUCCAGCGCAUGGACUUCGCGAUCACUACCCGCUUCACCCUUCAGAACGCCUUUAAGGACGAGGAGCCGGUCGCUACACAGCUGGUCCAGGAUGUCAACGCUGCGUGCCCAACCCUGCUAGACAGCCUGCUCCCUCGCUCCGAGAAGAAGGAGGCGGUGGAUCCUACAGAGGAGGACUUUGGCCAUGAGAAGCUAGGAGUGAUGUCGACCACCAACCAGAUCCGUGUGUCAGCGAGCUCCAAGCACGCGGCGAAGAAGGUCCCCGCCGACAUGGCUCCUCUCGCCACCGGAGGCUUAUACAAAUGCUACAUCGAUCACGAAAACAUGCUAUAG